UAUAUGAUCUAUUAUAUAAUUUAUUGCAGUUAAAAUGAAUUCAGGUUAUAUGAAUCGUGAUAGAAGCCGUAGUCCAAUCGGGUCUAGGAAUAAUGAAUUUAAAAAAGUACUGGUCUCUAAUAUACAUUUUGACUACAAACAGCAUGAGUUAGAAGAGUUGUUCAUGAAAGAAGGUAUUAGUAUGUUAUGCGAUCAUACAUUUUUGUUCUAUAUAAAAUUAAUAAUUAAAAAUCUCCAAAUUUUUAUUUAUUUAUAAUGUACCUAUUAAUAUGUUUUGUUUUAGUUGGUGAUGUCACAUUUUUAAAAAUAUAUACAGAUAAAAAAGGAAAAUCUUUAGGCAUUGGAACUGUUGAGUUUGAUAAAGCAGAGGCUACUCAAAAAGCUAUUAAUAAGAUGCAUCUGUUCAAUAUAAAUGGAAGAAAACUAGUUGUUAAAAGAGAGGUAUCAAAUCCUCCCUUAAUGGUAAUAAUGAUUCUCUUGACCUUUCUUUCAUCUCCUUCAGUGUCUCCUUUCAUAGUACUAGAAACUACUCAUUUUUUCUUAAUUCCCCACUAUCGCUCUUCAUAUGGCUAAAAUCAUCCGCUGUGUAGAAUGUUAGGACAACUCAAUAAGUUUGGCCCUGAUCAAAUUUUUUUUUUAAUUAUCAUGUGUUAACAGUGUUUUUACUGUCAUCAAAAUUAUUGUGUUCAUCAUUUAUAAGCACUUAAAUUAUUGCCUGUUUAAAAUAAAAUAAAUAAAUAAACUAAACUUUUGUUUUAGGAUAAUGUUGAAAUAGACAAGAGUGGCCGUCCAAUAACAAAUAGAUCACGCAUAAUUGAAAGUGGCAGUAAUGUUGAAAACAAUACUUAUGGACUUUCUCCGGAAUUUCUUAAAUUACUUAAUAUCCGUUGUCCACUUAUAGAUCGUAUAUUUGUUAAAAAUGUAAAUUUAUUUAAAUUUGUAUAUUUUUUUAUAUUUCAUUGUUAACAUUUAUUUAGCUUCAUUUCAAAGUGGAUGAAGCAAAACUUAAUGAAGUAUUUAAACUUGCUGGUCGAGUAUUAGAAGUCAAAAUAUUUAAAGACAAAUUAGGAAAAAGUAAAGGAUAUGGACUAGUCAAGUAUAACCAUCCAGUUGAAGCUGUUCAAGCUAUUUGUAUCCUUAAAUAUAUUUUAAUGUUUACAAUUUAUUGUAUUUAAAAUGAAAAUUUUUCUUAAUAAUUUAUCUUCAGCUAUGUUUAAUAAUCAAGUUUUGUUUGAUUGUCGAAUGUCUGUAUGGUUUGAUCGUAUGAAAGAUCCUUUUGCAAAACUUCCUGAAGGCUUAAAAUCGACAGGAAUGGGCCUAGGCCCAAAUGGAAAACCAUUGCAUGAUAUUGAGAGUAAGUGAUGGUGAUUUUUUAAUAUCAGGGACUACUGUUAUUACCUAUUACAUUAAAUAUUUAAUAAUUUAAAACGAAAAUUAUUUUUGUUUGAAAAACUCAGAAUUUUGAUUAAUAUUUUUCAUAGUAUUUAAUAAUUUUAAUAUUUAAUAUAUAACAAAGGUAGAUAAACAAAGUUGUGUAGAUUUUGACAUUUUAGAUUUUAUUUCAACAUUUAAUUUCUAAUAGAACAUUAAAAACUUAUAUUCCUAAUAAAUUAUUAUUCUAAAUUUGUUGUAUUUGUUUUGAAUAGGAAAGCUCCAAUCAAAUUAUACUUCAUAAAUACAACCUGAAGCAUUAAAUACAUUUAAUGUAAAUUUCAUAUUGAACAUCUAAUAUAUGAUAUAAUAUUUGAUUUUUUUAUAAUUUCAAAAUAUAUUAUUAUUUUUAAUCAUAAUAAAAAAAUAAAAGUGU